AUGGUUAAUGAAGCAUUAGCAAAACAGAAAUUUGAAUACAAUACUGAGAUAGAAAAAUUAAGAAAGGAAGUAUUGCAAAGCAAUGGGGCUUCGCCACUUCAAUCCCAAAAAAUGCAAAAAACUCAGGCACCAGUUUUGCAAACAGUUGAACCAGUUAGACAACCAAGAGCUCCUCCAUCAAAUUUAAAAACGGAAGAAGAUUAUGAAAAAUAUUAUUUAGCUAAAUUCUUUAAUAAUUUAGGUAUAUAUGGUAAUGAAGAUUUAGAUUCAAAUUAUCCUAAAAAACCUUUUCAAAGAUCUCGUCCACAGCAAAAAGAUAACUCUAUUAGAUUAGAGGAGAAAGUAGAUGAAAUUGGGCAUAUGUUAUCUCAUCUUAAUAUAAACAAUCAACCCAAAAAACCGAUAGCCAAAACAAAUCGAACACAGCGAUAUUAUCCUUUUCAACCAAUAAAUUAUAGCUUUUCAGCUAAUGAAGAAAAUA